AUGGACACCUCGAUUCUGCCAUCUAUUUUCUGGCCAACCAAAAACCAGUCCAUGCGCGACCUAGACAGGCCAUUCUUCAACAAGUCGAUCACCCUCGCUGCGGCGACUGUCACGGAUCCUAAGCAGAUCGCUGGCGUCCGCAAAGCAUUGUCGAAAGAUGUUUUGGUGUUCAGCAAACCUAUCAGAGACUCUCCGCACAUAGCGGGAGCGAAGUGUGUGCUGCUGCAUUCACGCAUCGUAACAGCGGACAGCACGACAUGGCCUGCCGCUCUGAAGUCAUUGAAUGAAGAGGGCGUAGUCCAUGUGCAUAACUAUGACCUGAAGUUGGGCUACGAGGACUACUCGAUGCAGUCCAUCCUCGACGCCAUCCUGCCAUCAAUGCCUGAGGACGAGCAGGAAACCCCAGCUGGCUUCGCACAAGUAGGCCACGUCGCCCACUUAAACUUGCGCAGGCAAUACCUUCCCUAUAAGCACCUCAUUGGUCAAGUCCUUCUCGACAAGAAUCCUCAGAUCAGGACAGUCAUCAAUAAGCUGCUUGACGUGGGCACGGAAUCAGCCUUCCGCACGUUUCCCUACGAAGUGCUAGCCGGCGAUGACGAUCUCGAUGUUACGGUCAGCGAGUCGCAAUGCACAUUCUGCUUCAACUUUGGGAAAGUGUAUUGGAAUUCACGGCUGGGAACGGAGCAUGCGCGAAUCGUUGACAAGUUCAGUGAGGGCGAGGCGGUGUGCGACCUAAUGGCAGGUGUUGGGCCAUUUGCCGUACCAGCAGGUAAGCGCAGGGUAUUUGUGUACGCCAACGACCUCAACCCGGACUCAUUCGCUGGGCUGCAGGAUGCGAUAACGCGCAACAAGGUCGGUGACUUUGUCCAGGGCUUCUGCGACGAUGCACGGACAUUUGUGCAUAGCUCUGCAAAGCGACUUCAACGAGACUUUCGCGUUGCUACAAUACCACCUAAGACCAAGAUCUCUCGCACGAUGUCGCGAGAACAGCAGGCGGAGGCGGAGGCCAAGAUCAUUGCGGAGACUAUAAUACUGCGACAGCCGACUUCAUUUGACCACUAUGUAAUGAAUCUCCCGGCGUCAGCUGUGGAGUUUCUCAACGCGUUCAAGGGGCUCUUGCACGGUCGAGAGGACGAGUUCUACCCUUAUACUGAGAAGCAGCUUCCCUGGAUACAUGUGCAUCUCUUUCAGGCCAAGUGCCCUACAACAGAAGAAGAGCACGCCGGAGUUCUGGCGACCGUGUCGAAGCAUCUCGGUCAUGAAUUGAAGCCUGCGUACGACAAUGGCGAGAUUGAGCUGUUUGACGUUCGACUCGUGGCGCCCAAUAAGCGUAUGUACUGUGCCAGCUUCCGCCUGCCCGCGGAGAUUGCUUUUCCGAGCCCUAAGACAGUGACUACUCAAUCGGUCCAGCCGUGA